CAACCAUGGCACUGCACCGAUCACAGACCGGCGACCGCCGAAAGCGACCGCUGUAGCGCGCGCAAAAACAGUCCGUACUUGUAAGACCGUAACUGUGUCGGCGGCGCUUCCUUCGUCGGCUUUUGUUGUCCGCCUGAUUUCCCGCCAUCCGCUGAAAAACAUCAUCGUCUUUCGUGUGAUCGUGUGUGUUCACUGUGUUCCUACCAUCAACGUUUUGUUUUCCUUCGUUCCUACUUCAUAAUUCAUUGCUCAUAUCUAUUUACGGUAAAUGAAGUAAGUGAAGUUCGCGUACGAUAAUUAAAUAGUAAUAACAGCAUCAACGAUCCAUAUUCUGACCGUGUUUGUUGUGCACCGCGUCGUCAUCACCGCUAACCGGUCCGUAUAUUGUAUUAAAUUUGGUCGUGGUUCGGUGUUACAAUAACGCACAAAUUAAUUUCAGUGUUAAUUCGCGUAACGUCGUUAUAUUUGAGCUCUUAUUACUCGCCCCGCAAUAGUUAUGUGCUCUUUGUCAGACCCGUAAUAGGUAACUGGUCGACACGAGCACUCUCCACUCUUCGACGGCAGUGACAGCAGGCCUGCAUCGUUAUGGGUGUACCCGUGGGAACAAACGUCCUGGAUGAAGACAUCUACAACAACAAGUUCUUGGACUUGUGCAAAGGCCUAAAUUUGGACAAGAACGCCGCUAGUCGUGCGUGGGAGACUUAUCUGGCUGUCAAGGAGAACUAUUCUUUGGACGGUGAUCCAAGUCAUUGGUUGGCCUGUGCUAUAUAUGUGGCAUGUCGUAAUGUCACUGAACAUACAGUUGGAGACAGUGAAACAUUGAUUGAGGGCAAUUUAGUUAGCUUAACACGACUUCUCCGUUUGUGCAAUAUUAGCCUUAUACACUUUAUUGGUAAAAGCAAAAAAUGGGCAGAUAUGAUCAAUAUGCCACCAGAAUUGCGUCGUAAAAUAGAUAAAUUGGAAAAAAACUUUGCUGUUUCAAUGGUUAUAUUUAAAAAAUUCCAACCAAUCUUUGCAGCUAUGUUUAACAACACCAAAGACGAACAAACAAAAACUCGUUGUUCUAAAAAGCAAAAAGUGACAUGUUCAGCAUCUAAACUAUUUGAGUUUUGUUGGACAUUGUUUGUUGUUGCUAAAUCUGAAUUCCCAGAUUUGAGUGAAAAUUUGGUUAAUUCAUAUCAUUUAUUAUUAGCUUGUUGUGAUUAUGUGUACACAAAUAUUCUUAUAGCUGAUUUAAGAGACUUAUUGAAUAAAUCCUUUGGAGGUCUACCCCAUGAUUUUGAAUCUACUUCUUAUGUUUUACGUUCGAAGCCUAUUUGCAUAAUUGAUUAUUUAUGUCAACAAUAUGAUGGUAUAACUACUGAUGCAAAGGUGAUCAAAGAGUACUUUUGGAAGACGAACCUAAAAAAAUUAAUUGAAAGAAAAAUAUUAAAAGGAGAUUCUGAAUUAAAUUUACUUUUAGAUGUUGUUAAUUUUGAUUUCAAUUAUAAGGCAAUCAAUAAACGUUAUGAACAGUAUGUCUUGAGUGUUGGAGAAUUUGAUGAACGAAUAUUUCUCUCUGAAAAUGCUAAUAUUGAAAUUGGAGCAUCAAAUGAAUGUACGACAGAAGAUUUGGCUAAAGAAAUGAAAAACAAAAAAAACAAUCUAUUUAAUCAACAAACACCACUUACGGGACGAAAUCAUUUAAAACCAAAAAUCGACUUAUCUGAUGAAAGUACACCUGUGAAAAAUGCUUCUGAAAUGGUUUUCAAAAUACAAUCUAUUUUAGCAGAUUGCUCACCUUAUCCAUCUGAUAAAUUAUACACAUUGCUAAAGUCAUGUUCAGCAACCUUACAAGGCGAAAUUGAAAAUCUAAUUAAUAUAUUAGGCAUUAAAUUCUGUUCACAAUAUUGUCAGGUAGAUCAUAAUUCUGCAUUACAUAAUGAUUUUGCUGAAAAAAGAUUGAUUAUGGCCAAGACAUGGUUUUACAAGUUGUUUGAAAAUAUUAUUGCAAAAGAAGCAAAAAAUCCUAAAUAUGACAUUAAAAAUUUGAUUUGUCAUGCUGUAUUUCAUGAGACUCUUUUUGCAUGCUGCUUAGAAAUGGUAAUCUUUGCCUAUAAUUCUCAACGUGCAUUUCCAUGGGUGCUUAAUGCUCUUCAAAUCCAUCCUUACCAUUUCUAUAAAGUUAUUGAAGUAAUUGUCCGCGUUGAAGAUAAAUUACCUCGAGAUAUGAUCAAACAUUUGAAUAGAGUUGAAGAACAAGUUUUGGAUAGUUUAUCAUGGCAGUCUGAAAGUCCAUUAUGGGAUUUAAUUAAUAGAAACAAUAAAUUGAUUCCACACUAUGAUGAAAUUGCUUUGGUUUCUGUAGCUGGAGGGGCAGCACCAGUAUCCAAUUUUAAUCAUAAGAUUGAAAAUAAUUGUUUUGCUCAUAAAGAUAGCCCGGUUUCUGAUAGAUUUAUAUCUCCGGCACCUGGUCAACCAAAUAUUAAAAUGGGCAAACAAAUUGCUGUGAAUGAAAACAGACAAUACUUUUCAGUUACAUCAAAGAAUAAUGGUGUUUCAUUACCCACUGUAACUGGUCCAUUAAAAAAAAUUGGUACUUUAGGAUUAUUUUUCAGAAAGGUUAGCUAUUUCCUUAGUUUAUCAAACCAUUUCUUCUCCAUAAAUUGUACAUUGAAACAUUUUUCUUAUGUUUCAUAAUUAAGCUAUUACUUUUAAUUUGUAAC